AUGGAAAAGAAUAACCAUGGCGCCCCACCUCCAGUGGAUUACUCCCUGGAGGAUCAUGCCAAAGCACGUCCGCUCAGUACCAACGGCGAAGAUGUUGAUAUUGCCAUCGUUGGUCAGAACGAGCUUAGGCGUGACUUGAAGGGUCGUCAUAUGCAGAUGAUUGCGAUUGGCGGUGCCAUUGGCUCCGGUCUAUUCAUUGGCUCUGGCGGAUCCCUCGUCACUGGUGGACCCGCCGCUGUUAUCAUCGGAUUUACUGUCAUCGGCAUUAUGAUGUACCUGAUGAUGCAGGCACUGGCCGAACUUGCAGUCAUGUACCCGAUUAACGGAGCUUUCACCAUGUACAUCUGUCGAUUCGUCGAUCCAUCCUGGGGCUUUGCCUGUGGCUGGCAGUACGCCAUUAGUUGGCUCACUGUUCUGCCUUUCGAGAUCUCCGCUGCUUGCAACAUCAUUCACUACUGGCCAGGAUCGGAGGGCAUCAACAAUGCUGCAUGGAUCACACCACUUCUCUUAGCUUUGGUAGCUAUCCAAUUCUUCGGUGUUCGGGGCUAUGGCGAGGUUGAAUAUGUACUAUCCAUGAUCAAGGUUGCGGCUUGUCUAGGGUUCAUGAUUCUGGGCAUUAUUAUCAACACCGGAGGUGUGCCAACCGACGACAGAGGUUAUAUUGGCAACAAGUACUACAAUAUUCCUGGUGUGACUUCUGCAGGGUUCCGUAAUGGCUUUCACGGCUUUUGUGGCGUGUUUGUUAACGCAGCAUUCGCCUACACCGGUACGGAGCUUACUGGUCUAGCAGCAGCUGAGACGGAAAACCCAAGGAAGGAGAUCCCCAAGGCUGCGAAGCAAGUCAUCUAUCGCAUCAUUCUCUUCUAUGUUGUGAACCUUGCUCUGGUCGGGCUAGUUGUGCCAGUUGAUAACGAAGCACUGAACGGCAGUGCUGGCUCCAGUUCGCUCCAUUCGCCAUUCGUCAUCGCUAUUCAACUUGCUGGAAUCAAGGUCCUCCCAUCAAUCUUCAACGCCGUCAUUCUUAUCGCAGUCAUGAGUGUCGCCAACGCUUGCACCUUUGGCUCCACACGCACGAUGCAGGCUCUUGCGGCAAACGGUAUGGGUCCGAAAGCCACCGCAUACGUUGAUAAGCAAGGUCGUCCAGUCGUCGUCGUGGUUAUUCAGCUUUUGUUCGGACUGCUGGCGUACAUCAAUCUCGCUCCCAGUGGUGGAGAUAUCUUCACUUGGUUGCUGUCCUUGUCUGGCAUCACUGUACUGUUUGUCUUUGGCAGUAUUGCCAUCGCACAUAUUCGUUUCCGCAGAGCUUGGGCAUUGAAUGGCCACACACUCGAUGAAAUCCCAUACAGAGCCUCAUUCGGCGUUUGGGGCUCAUGGGUAUGCUUCGCCAUCAAUGCUAUUGCGCUCAUCGCUCAAUUCUACGUCGCACUUUACCCAGUCGGUGGAACACCUCUCAGCGCCGAGGGCUUCUUCGAAAGCUACAUGGCGGCGCCUUUCCUCGUUGUCUUGUACCUAGGGUGGAAGAUCUACAGCUGGCAGGAACAAAGAGAGUUGAUCAGCGGCGAAGGUGUGACCGCAGAGCAGAGACGCGCGAGCAUCGAUGAGAUGCACGGCGAGCAGAAGAAGAAAGGCAUCAAGGCCAACCUCAUGGGGGCGUAUCGUGCACUAUUUUAA